AUGAUUACUAUUCUGGCUGACAGCUUGGAGAGAGCAGAUGGCCUGAAGGUCCCUCAGGGUAAGUUCUACCUAGCUGAUGUUGGCUAUGCUUGCCACCUUGAUUUUCUCCCGCCCUUCAGGUCCACAAGGAUCACCGUGGAGAGGGCAUUUGCAGCUCUGAAGAACAGAUUUAAGAUUAUUGACCAGAAGCCUUUCCACACCUUCUCCACCCAGGUCAAGCUAGUGCUGGCUUGUUGCAUUCUGCAUAACUGGAUCUUAGACUGGGGUGUUGAUUCGUUCUUCUCGGAGGAGGAUGAGGUCCAGCUUGACGAGAUCGAUGUUGGCCAUGGUGUUGGUGCCACCGAUAACACGGCCUGGAAGAACAAGAGACGGGAGUUGGCGGACGCUAUAGCGCGCACUGGCUGCAAAUAUACCAAUAUCAUUUUCUCUAUAGCGAACUGGAGGCUAUUUUUGCCAAAUGACAGAAGUGCCAAACUAACUGCAGUUUUGAGGCUAAUAGACACUGAAACUAGAAUCCGCGCCUGUUCUUCAGCAAUGGAGAUAGUGAACGAAAAGAAGGCAACUGAAGCUGCUUAUGGUGAAGAUAAUCGUCAAGCUAAGGAUGUAUCAAACAUGGAAGCAAUUGAUCCUUGGAAUCCUCCCUAUCCUCCUUGUGCACCUGGUCCUUCUAAAGAUUUUACUAGCCAUAUCAAAUUAAUCAAGGAGUGGAUGGAUCGAAAACAGGCUUUUCUUUCUGCCUACAGAGCAACUCAUACAAUCAUCCCAGACCGUACUCAUGAGAUGGCAAAUGAUGCCUUCUUCGAUAAAUUAUCCCGCCUGGCACCCAUCCUGGAAAAGGAUAGUGUCAAGCUUUUCCUCAACUUAUUCGAGAAUGACAGAGUGGGCUUGGCUUGGGGUUUCGUCAUAACCCCACAGACCUUCAAUCAGAUGAUUGUGCAAAAUGCCCUGCGAUGUGCCAAAGUUGCCUUGGAGGGCAAGGCUCCUGAGCUCGAUGGACAUCGUGCCAAUCCCAACUACAUGAACCAAUGUGGGUACUUUCCCCUCCACCAAGCUGCUGAGAUGUUCUCUACUGAUAUGAUCAAGUUGCUGUUCCGCUAUGGCGCAUUGGCCAAUUUGCGCACAGUUGGCCCUGAAGUCGUCGAGGGCCUACUCCCACUACAUGUUGCAGUUCAGAACGCUUGCCUGCAUAAGUUUCUUGAGGACAAUCUGUUACCUGACAAAGAGAAUAGAGAGUAUGUCUACAGGCUCAUUCAACUGCUGUGCUUACCUGAAAUGGUUUGUCCCACUUUCCUGUUGACCCAUAGUACUGCUAUUUCUUCAACUACAUUUGGGAUGUCCAUAUUCUGUGCGUGCCAUAAUGUUCGUCUCAGAUUCAUCCCAGCAUGA